CAGCGCCGGGGGCGGUGCCACGGCGGGCCGGGCGGCCGGCGAGCUGUGUGGCCUCGGCCAUGAAGCCGCAGCCGCCGGGCUAGGCCCGGGGCGGCUCCUGGCCUGGGCUGCCCGCAGAGGGCUGAGCCGGUCCCCGGCUCCGGUUCCCGGGGCGGCGAGUGACCACUCACCAUGCCCGGCAAGCACCAGCAUUUUCAGGACCCUGAAGUCGGCUGCUGCGGGAAAUACUUCCUGUUUGGCUUCAACAUUGUCUUCUGGGUGCUGGGAGCCCUGUUCCUGGCCAUUGGCCUCUGGGCUUGGGGCGAGAAGGGCGUCCUCUCCAACAUCUCAGCGCUCACAGAUCUAGGCGGCCUUGACCCUGUGUGGCUGUUUGUGGUGGCCGGGGGUGUCAUGUCGGUGCUGGGCUUCGCUGGCUGUGUUGGGGCCCUCCGGGAAAACACCUUCCUGCUCAAGUUUUUCUCUGUGUUCCUCGGCCUCAUCUUCUUCCUGGAGCUGGCGGCAGGGAUCCUGGCCUUUGUCUUCAAAGACUGGAUUCGAGACCAGCUCAAUCUCUUCAUCAACAGCAACGUCAAAGCCUACCGGGAUGAUAUUGACCUUCAGAACCUCAUUGACUUUGCACAGGAAUACUGGUCUUGCUGUGGUGCCCGAGGGCCCAAUGACUGGAACCUCAACAUCUACUUCAACUGCACUGACUUGAACCCAAGCCGUGAGCGCUGUGGGGUGCCCUUUUCCUGCUGUGUUAGGGACCCUGCGGAAGAUGUCCUCAACACCCAGUGUGGCUAUGACAUCCGACUCAAACUGGAGCUUGAGCAGCAGGGCUCCAUCUACACCAAAGGCUGUGUGGGCCAGUUUGAGAAGUGGCUGCAAGACAACCUGAUUGUGGUGGCCGGGGUCAUGGUGGGCGUUGCCCUCCUCCAGAUAUUUGGCAUCUGCUUGGCCCAGAACCUCGUGAGUGACAUCAAGGCAGUGAAGGCCACCUGGGUCCCCCAUGGCGAUGGCUACAAACUACUCAAUAAACAACACUUUGAAAAACCGUGGCUUAUACUCACCGUCUUCGAGAGUUCUGUUGGCAGCACAGCCCCAGAGUUCCCCAGUGAGGGCCUGGCCUGAACCCAACCGCCUGUCAAGGCCUCACAGGUCUGGGUGACUUACACAUCUGAGGUGGCCUUUUAAGUGGGCGUAUUGCCUCCAAGGCCACACCUCCUGAAGAAUGUGUGGCCACACCUCUUCUCAGUGUCAGUGUCGUCCACAGCAGGACAUAGAGACACCUCACAUGGCCUGUUCUAUGUGCCUGACCCCCAGCACCUGAGCAUUGACCUUUCCGACCCCUGUGGAUUAUUCCUGGGAAAUACUCCAGGGCUUCUGUAUGUCAGCCUCGAGAAAGGCAUCGGGAUCUGAAGGACGGGUGCUGGAGAUCACCCCUCAGAGGGUGUGGACUGGUGGGCCCUAGCUGUGCUGGCCACUGAGGUGGUUGUCAGAGCGUCCAGGAGGGUGACUACAUGGUGGGAGCGAGGGCUAGGGGGCUGUGCAAAGGGGGUGCCCUGAAGCCCAUGUCUUGCUGUCUGUGAGUCUGUUUUGAGGUCCCUCAGCGGUUGGCUUAAAAGCCUCCUCCGUGGGCUGCAGUGGAACCCUGAGGCCACCAGAGGGCACACCAACACCACAGUCUCUCUUCAGGCUUUCCUUACACCCAGCCUCAGCAUCGACCUUACUGACACUGGGUGGCUUGCAGACUUCUGAAGAAGCUAACCAGCUCAGGCUUGGGCAGUGUAACCAGCUCAGGCUUGGGCAGUGUAACCAGCUCAGGCUUGGGCAGUGUAACCAGCUCAGGCUUGGGCAGUGUAACCAGCUCAGGCUUGGGCAGUGUAACCAGCUCAGGCUUGGGCAGUGUAACCAGCUCAGGCUUGGGCAGUGUAACCAGCUCAGGCUUGGGCAGUGUAACCAGCUCAGGCUUGGGCAGUUUAGCUGCCUGGAGGGAUGGUAUGUGCAAAAUGAGCUGUCUCUGCCCUUCCCCUAUGCUGGACAAAGGGAGGGGUGGGCAGGGUAAAGGUCACACAGUUCAGGCGCCCUCCAUGAGAGUGGGAAGGAGUAGUGGGGCCUGCUUUGCCUUGGCCUUGAUUGGCACUGGAGACCAGACAGAGGAAGACACAGAUUCCACAAUGAUGAGACAUCUGCAGUCCGGAUGAUGAUGAUGAUGAUUGUCAGCUUGGGAGCACAGGGUGGGGCCACAGUGUGUCAGCCCAGGUCCGCACCCACAGGGCUGUUCAUUGUGAGAAUACAGGGCCGGCAGCGGAAGUCUCAGGCUGGGAAUCUGCACAUCUUGUAAGGCAGCCAGAUUUUAACUCAAACCUGCAGGCAGCACCAAGAACCGGGGUCCAGCUCCAACUCCUGUGUUAGCAUCACUCUCAGCGGCCCUGACCGCUAAGCCGUGUGGGGGUGCCGGGAGCUGACUGACCAGGACAGUGUGCACCUGGCUGCCCUGUCCCCUGGCGUAGGCUGCUCAGAGCUCUUGAUGGCGCUGGCUGCGGUGGUGUGUACGCUGCAAUAAAUACAGCCCAAAAAGCA